AUUUAUAAAAAUCAAAAACAAUUUGGUAUAUUCCACCAACCCACCAACCCUCAUUCGGUGAUCCGGAAACAAUAAAAAAACAAGACUAAUGAGAGAAGUUGCACACCCACCCAAAACACUUUCUUUCUUUUGUGUUUUAUAUUGGCAUUAGCAGAGAGGAGAGAAAAGGGGAAUUGGUUGGUGAAUCACUGAAUCUGAAUCAUUCACGAUUCAAAAACGGCGAUGGCAUCGAGAUUAUGGGCAUCAAAAGCUGCUUCAUACCUCAAGAUCUCCACAUUCAACAGAGGUUUCGCUUCUGUUGUGAAGGAUUUGAAGUACGCCGAGUCUCAUGAAUGGGUGAAGGUGGAGGGUAAAUCUUGCACCAUCGGUAUCACGGACCAUGCCCAGGAUCACUUAGGAGACGUGGUGUAUGUUGAGUUGCCGGAGGUUGGCGCCGCCGUGACUCAGGGCGGCAGUUUUGGUGCUGUUGAGAGUGUCAAAGCCACUAGUGAUAUCAACUCCCCUGUUUCCGGCAAGGUUGUUGAAGUAAAUGAACAACUCACUGGUGAACCCGGUUUGGUGAAUGGAAGUCCGUAUGAGAAUGGAUGGAUUAUAAAAGUGGAGAUAAGCGACACGAAUGAAGUGAACUCUUUAAUGGACUCUGAACAGUAUUCAAAGUUCUGUGAAGAAGAAGAUAAGCACUAAAGUUGUUUUACAUCGACUUGUAUUUGCAUGUUUUUCGUGGUUUGCAUUUGGGUUUUUUGGCAAUUGUUUGAAAUUUUUGAAUUUUGAAAGGGGUUUUGCUUACAAGUAUGUCAAAUGCAUCCAUCAAACGUUUUUGAGAUUCGACAAUGUUAUGAAAUGAUACAUUUAUUCUUGUAAUGCAAAAAAUGGCACAAAUGUUGCUAAACUCUAAGUAAUAAUUCAAUAGCAUAGUUUAGUGUAUGAACUAUGAACUAAACCAACAUUAUUGGAUAUACAAUUAUUUAACACGUCAUAGUUAUCUUUGGAUUAACUUUACUACAUACUUGAAAAAUGAAAAGACAUCCAUUUUUGCAAAUAAAUGUUAGACUAAAUUUAUCAUGUGAAUAAACUUUACCUCAAUUUUGCAAAUAAUAGUUGCCCAUGAUUUAUAUACUUUAUAUACAGG